AUGAACACGGAGAAGGACUUUUCCCCUUUGACGCCAAACAUUGUCAGAGCGCUCAAUGACAAGCUGUACGAGAAAAGGAAAGUAGCUGCUUUGGAGAUAGAGAAACUGGUGCGGGAGUUUGUUGCACAGAAUAAUUCCACGCAGAUAAGACAUGUCAUACAGAUUUUGGCUUCAGAAUUUGCGCUUUCCCAGCAUCCGCACAGCCGCAAAGGAGGGCUCAUUGGACUGGCAGCCUGCUCCAUCGCCCUGGGGAAAGACUCUGGUCUGUAUCUGAAGGAGUUGAUAGAGCCUGUACUCACGUGUUUCAAUGACUCAGACAGCCGCCUGCGUUACUAUGCAUGUGAAGCGCUUUAUAACAUUGUCAAAGUGGCCCGGGGAGCUGUACUACCUCAUUUCAACCUGCUCUUUGACGGUCUGAGUAAACUUGCAGCCGAUCCUGAUCCAAACGUGAAAAGUGGAUCAGAACUCUUGGACCGCCUGCUCAAAGACAUAGUGACUGAGAGUAAUAAGUUUGAUCUUGUGGCUUUUGUGCCCUUGCUCCGAGAAAGAAUCUAUUCCAACAAUCAAUAUGCGAGACAAUUCAUCAUCUCCUGGAUUCAUGUUUUGGAGAGUGUGCCGGACAUUCACCUUCUGGAUUACCUCCCUGAAAUCCUGGAUGGGCUCUUCCAGAUUUUGGGAGACAACAGCAAAGAGAUUCGCAGGACGUGUGAGGUGGUGCUGGGGGAAUUUCUGAAGGAGAUUAAAAAGAACCCCUCCACUGUGAAGUAUGCAGAAAUGGCCAAUAUCCUCGUCAUUCACUGCCAGGUAGCGGACGAAAGUAAACUGACCAAUGACCUCAUUCAGCUGACUGCGAUGACCUGGAUGAGAGAGUUUAUCACGCUGGCAGGCCGGGUAAUGCUCCCGUACUCCUCUGGCAUUUUGACAGCGGUACUGCCUUGUCUCUCCUACGAUGACAGGAAGAAGAACACGAAAGAAGCUGCCAGCUCUUGUAACCACAGUCUGAUGAAACUUGUGACACCUGAGGAUGAUGAUGAUGAUGAAGAGGAGGAGGUGAAAAGUGAAGGCACUGGUUCGCCCACUCGAGAGGAGCCGAAAGUGCAGUCGGAUGGGAAUGACAUGUUAAACGCCUCUCAGGAGUCGGUGGGUUUCAGCAACAUUAGCUUCUUUACCCCGGCGAGCACAGAGCGGCCCCAGGUGACCCUCGACCUGGAUGGUAUCGUCCAGGUUCUCGACCGCCACCUCCACGACUCCUCCACUGGCAUGAUGACGCGAAUAGCCGUUUUAAAAUGGCUUUACCACCUCUACAUUAAAACGCCUCGCAAAAUGUUUCGCCACACCGACAGCCUGUUCCCCAUGCUCCUCAAAACCCUCUCAGACGAAUCCGACGAGGUCAUUUUGAAAGAUUUGGAAGUUUUGGCCGAGAUUGCGUCUUCUCCCGCGGGGCAAACCGAUCUCACCGGGUCGUGUGACGCCGCCAGCUUCAAACUGGAGUUGAAAGUUCCUGAUAAGUCUGGGCCGCACGCAAAAGCAACGGAUUCGUCCCCCUCCACUCCAAGCAUGAACUCUUACUUCUACAAGUUCAUGAUCAACCUGCUCAAACGCUUCAGCUUGGAGAGAAAACUGCUGGAGAACAGAGGCGCCUUCAUCAUCAGGCAGCUCUGCUUGUUGCUUCACGCAGAGAACAUCUUUCAUUCCAUGGCCGACAUACUGCUCAAAGAAGAAGACCUCAAAUUCGCUUCCACCAUGGUCCAGACUCUGAACACCAUCCUGCUCACGUCUGCGGAGCUCUUCCAGUUGAGGAAUCAGCUCAAAGACUUGCGCACCACCGAGAGCUGCGCACUGUUCUGCUGCCUUUACCGAUCCUGGUGCCACAACCCCGUCGCCACCGUGUCGCUCUGCUUCCUCACGCAAAACUACAAGCAUGCCUACGAUCUCAUUCAGAAGUUCGGGGAUCUGGAAGUGACCGUAGACUUUCUGAUGGAGGUCGAUAAACUCGUGCAGCUCAUAGAAAGCCCCAUUUAUACAUACCUGCGUCUUCAGCUGUUGGACGUGGAGAAUAACCCGUAUCUGAUCAAAGCGCUGUACGGUCUGCUGAUGCUGCUGCCUCAGAGCCAGGCCUUCCAGCUGCUGUCCCACCGCUUGAGGUGCGUCCCGAACCCGGAGCUGAUGCGCACCGUGGACGAGUCUAAAUACAUGGAUUCUAAAAAGCAGGUGGCCUCGAGACGUGCCUCCCAGAUUCUGAUCGACUACAGCGAGCUGCUGCAGCACUUUGACCGCGUCCAGAGCAAGCACCUGGAGGUCAGACACCAGCGCUCAGGGAGAGCUAAUGAGCACUCGGACAGAAAGAUGAUUUAA